UCAUGCCCCACGGCACAUGCUCACGCCCCACGGCGCACGCUCAUGCCUGCCCAGUGUACACUCACGCCCCCACGGCACAUACUCACACCCGCCCAGUGCACACUCACACCUGGCCCGGCGCAUACUCACGCCCCCACAUAGCACGCUCACGCCCACCUGGUGCAUGCUCACGCCCCACAGCACACGCUCACACCCGCCCAGCACACGCUCACACCCCCACAGAGCACACUCACACCCGCCUGGUGCAUGCUCACACCCCACGGCACAUGCUCAUGCCUGCCCGGCACACACAUGCCCCUAUGGUGCAUGCUCACACCUGGCCCAGCACAUGCUCACACCCCACAGUGCAUGCUCAUGCCUGCUCGAUGCACGCUCAUGCCCCCACGGUGCACGCCUACACCUGCCUGACGCACGCUCACACCCCCAUGGUGCACACUCAUGCCUGGCCCAGUGCAAGCUCAUGCCCCCACGGUGCACACUCACGCCUGGCCCAGCACAUGCUCACGCCCCCACGGUGCACACUCACGCCUGGCCCAGCGCAUGCUCAUGCCCCCACAGUGCACACUCACGCCCGCCCAGCAUACGCUCACACCCCCAUGGCACACUCUCACGCCCCCACGGUGCACACUCACACUAGGCCCUGCACAUACUCACAAACAACCUGUGCAUGCUUAGGACCACUGACACCCACCUUGUUCACUUUCCCAGCCCCAGCACAUGCUCUUGCCCAGCCCCGCACACACUCAUGCCUGCCCCAGCACACGUUCACACCUGCCCUGUGCAUGCUUACGCCCACACCAGCACACACUCAUGCCCAGCCCUGUGCAUGCUCACACCUGACCCAGUGCACACUCACACCCAGCCCUGCUCACGCUCAUGCAUCUGCCCAAAGAGACUCUAGGGAGCACACGCCCAGGUUUGCACACACCCAUUCACGCUCCUCUAUGCUUUCCUAGACCAUCACCGUGUGCACACAUUCCCUCUCAUGCACCAACACACCCACAGGCUGCACACAUUUUGGCACACUUGCUCCUGUACACUCAACCUGCACACUCACCCGUGCAUACAUUCUUAUUGCACGCUCAUGUACACUUCCUUACAUACUUGUCCCUGUAAACACACCCAGCUUGUCCAUUCAUAUGCACACACUCACACACUCCCUGCUGUACACAAACAGGCUCAUCUCUGAACAGCCUCAUUGCAUACUCACCUGUAUGUUCACAUGUGCUCUUAGACACACUCUUGUACAUGCACAUGCACACAUAUUUGUGCAAUUGGUCCUGUAUGCACACACACACUUGUAUGUGAACACACUUGUUGCACACUUACUUAUACAUACACACGUGCUCUGGCACAACCCCACUCGUUUUGCACACUCACCCAGCCCUCACUCCUGUUGCGCUCAUCCCCACCCCAGGCCUGCCCCUCCCCUCAUGUGCUGCCUGU